AUGUACACGUCGAAUCCACACACUCUAAACACUAGGAGAAUGAUCCCCAACGAUUUGCUUCAUGAAAUCCUCAAGAGAGUUCCGCUGAAAUCCCUCAUGCGAUUUCAAUGUGUAUCUCGAAUCUGGCAAUCAAUAAUCAACGAUCCUUUGUUCAUCAAGGCCUACCCGAGACUUGCUAAUCGAUUUCUCGUCUCAUUGGAGUGCUGCCGGGAUCACGUACUUUUCAAGAUCUGCAGCCUUGGCGAAGGUGGCGGCCGCCACCGUGCAAUCAUCUUUUCUCAAACUCUUCCGCAUGAGGCCAUGGACUGUGAUCGGAAACCAAAAGCAUACACAAAUAUCGUCAAUGGAUUCAUAUGUUUUUAUCGGGACGAAAAAUCGUGGUUGUAUGACAUUAUUAGCCAAGAUCUGGUCAAACUUCCCGACUUUGGGUCAACCAUAUUUACCGAUGAUACUCAUUUUGGGUUUGAUCGGGUGAACAAAAGGUACAAGUUACUCAAGAUACUUGAUUCUUAUCAAGUGGCGAUUUUCACCGUCGGCGUCGAUUCGUCUUGGAGGAUCCGUGAUUUUGCGUCACUGCCAUCUUUAGAGAUUUUAGCAUAUCGACCUUCGUGCUUUGGCGGAAUCCUUCGCUGGAUAAAUCAUAGACCACGGAAUGAAGACCGAAGUUUGGAUCGUCUAGAAUAUCAAUGUCGAGUUGUGGCUUUUGAUCUUGAUAAAGAGAAGUUUAUUCACAAAAAGUGUUUAGAUUUUGGAAACUAUGAAGGCAAAUCAUACACGAAGAUGAUGAAUUUCGGGCCUUGUAAAGUUGUAACGAGAUUUGAUCUGACCGAAUUAGAUCUGGCUGGCCGUCGGAAUCCACCACGAAUCUCUCGUCGAUUCCGCACUGGUAUGGAUGAGUCGUAUGAUUCACCUCGGGUUCGAGUUCUCUUGUACAAUGUUAAAGAAAGGUCUUUUCACGAAAUUCACUUGUUUGAUCCUUCCAAGAGGGAGUGGGAAAGGAUUAUGAUGGAUUCAUCAUUUACCCUUGACAGCACUUCCUACUUCGAGAAAAAUCUCGUGUCAUUUGGGUGCCAUAACUUAACGCCCAAACUUAACUUGCUGUCAGAUGAUUAUUUUAAUUGA